UUUCCAGUUAUAAAUUUCAACCUGCAACCUGCGCCCUGCAAAAUAUACCUGCCGAUAUAGCAUACUGGCAUGAAGUAUAUAUAUUAACAAUGGUCCCCAUAAGGCUCGGUUAUUUGUCCGUGGACAUUAUCUGUUCGGAGAAGCGAACUGUGAGCUUUGAGCUGUGAGGUCUUCUCCUCGACGAUUUUCAAAAUGGCGGCUCUCCCACCUGCCAUUUUGAAUAGUGGAGAAGGCCCUAGAGACGACGUUGACUAUUCUCGUACCCAGAGGCGACCCAGAGGCCCAGAGGUAUCCCUUAUUAUAGAAUAAGGGAUACAUGAAGUACUUACCCAGAGACCGCGCUCGCGCGGUUCUUGGUGGUGACCAAAAGGAGCGCGGCCUCUGAGGACUGUUUCCGGUAUUUUGACAGAACGAUUAUUAAAUUAUUUCUACUUUUCUCGAUGGCUACUUAAGACUCAGAGAUCGUUUGUUGUUCACCUUUACCCAACUUUAUAUCGGGUCUCCGACGAUGGAUUUGCCGAAGGAAUACAUGGAACCUAUCCUUGAUGCAAUUAUGCCCACGCGUCACGUAAAGUUGAUUCACAAAACAGCAAUAGAGAGCAGGCGGCAGCACAUGGAAGACUUACCUUCUGCUAGUAUGAAUACGAUGCAUCUAUUGUUCAGUGGCAGUAGCGAAGAGGGAUUGUAUCUACCAGAUCUUUCCUUGGUGAGAAAACCACUGCACAGCUCCGAUUCAUCGAUGGUUUCUGCCGAUCAAGAUAUAAUGAUUGUUUGGGAAAAUUGGCCGGUAAAUGAGAAACUUGGGAGAAAAACCUUCGCUGUUUUGGAAGUGAAAGGCACUCAUUCCGGCUACUGUCGGCUUCGCUUCAAUCCAGCGUUUUCUGCGAGUUCGAGAACUGAACGGCAACCAGAACUUAGAAUAACUAUAGAAGAUGGCGGGCUGGAUAAGAAUGCCUUCAUAUACAAUUCGAAGUUUGUCGCGACCAUGUCAAAGAUACUAAAGCUACAAAAGCGGGGAAUAUCAUUUUUCGAAGUUAUUGACCACCUAGGGUACAAUCUUCAGACAAAUCACGCGUUGCAUGGGCCAGCUUUCACCAGCAGUGUGGUGUGCUCUGGCGGCAACGACCUUAGUGUGGACUACGUUCACUCACUCCACUGUCAGGAGUGGCCAGAGGUUGCCUCGGGAUGGAUACAUCGACACAGGCCAUCAGGGUGCCCCAGUCCGCAGCUGAUACGGGACAUUGCAAAACAGGGUUGUCAUGUUGUACCUGUUUCACAUCGGUUUAGCCAGUGGCCCAGCUUGGAAUGGCGUUUAUCUUUCUCAGAAGCGGAAGUGAUGUUAGCGUUGACCUUGUCAUCAAUCCCUCGAAGAUGCUACAUCUUUCUAAAGCUGCUGCACAUCUACAAAUUUAAAAGGCAUGGUGUGGCCUUGGUGACGUACUUUUUGAAAACCGCCCUUUUCUGGAUAUGUGAGAGCAUCAGUUUGUCGGAGUGGAAAUAGAUGAAAACAGUUG